AUGGCUUUGGAUGCAGUACAGCGUGCGCAUUAUGCUGAAUUAAAAAUAUUAAUGAAAAACUCAGUUGUCGGCAUGUUAUACUCGGCAAAAUGUCUGGAGAAUUCUCAGCUUGAUGAUGAAGAUGUCUUUAUUGCUGGCCGACAAAGAAAAUCAGUUCAUCGUUGA